CGGAAAUACGCCAUCACACUGCGCUAUCAAACAUUAGAAAGUGCGCAGCUAGCAAACAACUACUUCGUUUAUGCUAGCUGUUCUAUAUUAUAACGGGGAAUUAUAAUAGUUUCUUCAUAAUUCAGUUUAAUUUCCUAUAUUCGCUAAAUUUGAUUAUAUUCCAAUAAAAAAAAAAGAUACAGCCAUGGCGAUGCAAGCAGCUAAACGAGCGAAUAUUCGUUUACCUCCAGAGGUGAACAGGAUAUUGUACAUACGUAACCUUCCAUACAAGAUCACUGCAGAGGAAAUGUAUGACAUCUUUGGGAAGUAUGGGCCAAUUCGUCAAAUCAGAGUUGGAAACACACCAGAGUCAAGAGGAACUGCUUAUGUUGUAUAUGAGGACAUCUUUGAUGCCAAAAAUGCCUGCGACCAUCUUUCUGGAUUCAACGUCUGCAACAGAUACUUGGUUGUAUUGUACUAUAACGCAAACAGGGCUUUCCAAAAAAUGGACACAAAGAAAAAGGAGGAGCAGCUGAAACUUCUCAAAGAAAAAUAUGGAAUAAACACAGACCCACCAAAAUAGUUGGCAAAGAUAUUUUGUUUUCCUGCCUUCCACCAUGACAUAUUCACAUUAGAUCUUUAAGUAACAAUCUUUUUGAAAUACCUGUUGAAAGUGCUCAUUUUUUGACCUGAAGAAUAUUCAUAGAUGUUGACCUAAUUUUUGUUUUAUGUUAAUAUUGAAUACAAGAGAUAUGCCAUUUGUUUGUCAAAAUUUGUUGUAUUAAAUGAAUGCUUUUCUUUUUUAAAA